AUGAGUAGUGACAAUCAAGUCGAUGAAGAUAAUGACAUUGUAACAUCAAGUAUUGAGAAAACUGAUGAGCCAGCUGAAACAAAGUCUCAUUCAUCGGAAUCUGAUAAUGACGAUACUGACAGUAAUGCUAGCAGUGAAUAUGAAGUUGAAAAAAUUGUUUCGAAACGUCGACGUGGUCGUGGCGGAUAUGAAUAUUAUAUUAAAUGGGUAGGCUAUGACGAAUCAGCAAAUGAAUGGAUUCCUGAAGCAAGUUUAAAUUGUCCAGAACGUCUGGAGGAGUUUCAUCGCGAAGAAGCGCGUAAACAAAAACGACCGAAAAGAGAAAAAGAACGAAGUUUUUUUCAAAAACGUCGAAAUUAUAAUAACAGCAAUCGGUCAAAGAAAAAAAAACGUCGAGUAAAAGUUAUUGUAGACGACGAUGAUAAUGAUGAUGACGAUGAAGAACAACAACAACAACAACAACAACAACAACAAACAACUCAAUCAGUUGAAUCUUCAAAUAGUACGUCGAAAACUUCUGAUCAAAAUCAACAAAUUAAAUCUCUUACUUACGGAGUUGAAAAAGGUUAUGAAGUUCAAGCUAUUCUUGGUAUUAAUCGUACGAAAGGCGAUCAAUUACAUUAUCUUGUUCAUUAUAAAUCACCAACUAUAUUUGAUGAUAAUAUGGAAUUAAUUCCAUCUACUAUUGCAAAGCAAUAUUGUGAAGAUGAAUUAAUUCAGUUUUAUGAAACAAGAAUCGCAUGGAAUGAUCGUCAAACAGAUUGA